AUGUCGGGGACAGAAUUAAAUUCUAAUCUAAAUUCUGUAUCAGAGAAAACUGUGCUUUCAUCAUUAGCAGGUGUUCAAUCCAAUGUUUUACCUAAACACCAAGCCAAUGUAGACUCAUCAGUAGAUAGUAACUUAGAUUUAUCAGGUCUAUCAGAAGCUGAUAGUAUUUAUCAUCAACCAUUAAAAUCUGUUGAUAGACCCUCAGCAUCCAGAUUAGCUAAGCGCUUGUAUGCCCUUGAUGGAUUUAGAAAAUCUGAUGUUUCAAGACAUCUAUUUAAAAAAAAUGAGUUCAGUAACUUGGUAGCUGAAGAAUAUCUUAAAAAUUUUGAAUUUACUGGUGAUACCUUAGAUGUUUCUCUGAGAAAAUUUUUGAAACAAUUCUGUUUAACUGGUGAGACACAAGAAAGAGAAAGAGUUUUAGCUCAUUUCUCUCAUCGUUAUAUGGAAUGUAAUCCUGGAACAUUUAAUUCUGAAGAUGCUUGUCAUACUCUUACAUGUGCAAUGAUGCUUUUGAAUACUGAUCUCCAUGGCCAGACUGUUGGAAGGAAGAUGACUUGUUCUGAGUUUAUAGAAAAUUUAGCUGAUCUAAAUGAUGGUGAAAAUUUUCCUAAAGAUAUACUUAAAACAGUAUUUAAUUCUAUUAAAGGUGAACAAUUAGAAUGGGCUAUGGUCUCCGUCCCUCAACAGUUUAUUGGACAAAAUCCAUUCCUUGAUGUGCCUGAUCCAAGUAAAACCAUAGAAUAUAAAAAAGGUUAUGUGAUGAGAAAAUGUUGUAUGGAUGCUGAUGGAAGGAGAACUGGUCUAGGUAAAAGAAGUUGGAAGAUGUUUUAUGCUGUAUUAAGGGACCUAAUAUUAUAUCUAUAUAAGGAUGAACAUCAAUAUAAGAAGGGCAAUUUAGUUGAAGUUGCAAGCAAUGCUAUAAGAGUACAUCAUUGUUUAGUAACCAAGGCCACUGACUAUACUAAGAAACAACAUGUUUUCCGAUUACAAUCCGCAGAAUGGGCUGAAUUUUUAUUUCAAACCAGUAAUAGUAAAGAAUUACAGGAAUGGAUGGAUACACUUAAUUUUGUGGCUGCAGCAUUUUCUGCAGAACCUCUUCCAGGAGCUCUUGGGUCCAAAACUGGUUUCCAGCGUCCUCUGCUCCCUGUAUCUUAUACCAGAAAAACUUUAAGGGAACAAUUUAAAAAUCAUGAAGAAAAGGUUGAAAGCUUGGAACAGGAACUACAUCAGCAUCGUGCUGGAGCACCAGAGAAAGGGGCCAAAUCAAGGGACAUACAGGACUACCUCGCUAAGGAAACAUAUUUAGAUUUUGAAUUAAAACGGUAUAAAACAUAUGUUCUAUUAUUACAAAGUAAAAUAACAGCAUUGCCUGAAAUGGAAUCCUCUCUGGUAGAAACUACUAUUGGUGAAGAUGAUGAAGUGACUUCCACUACUCAGUUUAAUUCCCCUACCAAUAAACCUGUACAGCGUAGUCUGUCUGAUAGGUACAGUUAUAGAGCAGCUAUAUAUCAAACUGAUCCUCGCGUUGACUACGAUCUAGUGUGAUACUCUCUCAUUUCAUAUAGAUUGGCUUGGCAAUUCUCUCUAUCACUUCUUGCAUGGGUUGUGGC